UGUCAGUGAGACAAAACACUCCCAACCACUGACUAAAAACUGUUGUCUCAUCUUCAAAAGCUCGGCAAGCCAGCCCGCGUCAGUUCCUUUUAAAAUAUCAACAAAAUUGUAACAAGUCUGUUUCUCUUUGGAUGUUGUAGAGCAGAAUAUUUUAAAGCUUAAAUUCAAACAGGCAUAGGUUUUAGGAACGGAAAGUUUUUGCGAUAUUGCUAGUCCUUGAAAUAUUACUAGAACCCCUAGAAUUUUUGAGAUGAAUAUCGAUAUAGGUGUACCUGGCAAAGAUGGGAGUGGACCUGGGUUUCAUUCGUACUUCACACAAAAAAUUUCCGAGUUGCAGUUUAUAGUUAUGGAACGUCAAAAGGAUUUGCUGCGAUUGCAGGCCCAGCGCAAUGAACUGAACUCAAAGGUCCGCCUUUUAAGAGAAGAGCUGCAACUGCUCCAAGAACAGGGCAGCUACAUUGGCGAGGUGGUGAAGCCGAUGGACAAAAACAAGGUGCUGGUAAAGGUACAUCCGGAGGGAAAAUAUGUGGUGGAUGUGGACAAGUCCAUUAAUAUCAAGGAUGUGACGCCCAGCAGUCGAGUGGCCCUCAGAAAUGAGAGCUACACUCUUCACAAGAUUCUGCCCAAUAAGGUGGAUCCGUUGGUUUCCCUCAUGUUGGUGGAGAAGGUUCCAGAUUCCACUUACGAAAUGGUCGGUGGUCUGGACAAGCAGAUCCAGGAGAUCAAGGAGGUUAUAGAGUUGCCGGUCAAACACCCUGAGUUGUUCGAUGCCCUGGGCAUAGCUCAGCCAAAAGGGGUGCUCCUCUACGGUCCACCUGGCACUGGAAAAACGCUCUUGGCCCGAGCCGUUGCCCAUCAUACGGAGUGCACUUUCAUCCGGGUUUCUGGAUCGGAGUUGGUUCAGAAAUUCAUUGGCGAGGGAUCGCGUAUGGUGCGGGAGCUUUUUGUCAUGGCAAGAGAACAUGCUCCAUCUAUCAUUUUCAUGGACGAGAUCGAUUCCAUUGGCUCUUCUCGCCUGGAAACGGGAACUGGAGACUCGGAGGUCCAGCGGACCAUGCUGGAGCUUCUGAACCAAUUGGAUGGCUUUGAGGCAACGAAAAACAUCAAAGUGAUCAUGGCCACUAAUAGGAUCGAUGUCUUGGACCAGGCUCUGCUUCGACCCGGCCGCAUCGAUCGCAAGAUUGAGUUCCCACCGCCCAACGAGGAGGCCCGGUUGGAUAUCUUGAAGAUACACUCCCGCAAAAUGAAUCUAACGAGGGGCAUCAAUCUGCGCAAAAUCGCCGAGCUUAUGCCGGGGGCUUCCGGGGCGGAAGUUAAAGGAGUUUGCACCGAAGCCGGGAUGUAUGCUUUGAGGGAAAGACGAGUUCAUGUCACCCAGGAGGACUUUGAGAUGGCCGUGUCCAAAGUGAUGAUGAAGGACUCCGAGAAGAAUAUGUCGAUGAAGAAAUUCUGGAAGUAGCUUAAGCUUAAACAAUUUCUUUAUAAAUAUAAAACAUAAUAAACAGUACUAUAGUCCAGUA